AUGUCGACCAGCAACGAUAACCCGAUGGCUCGCUUCCUCUUCGCUAUCCUGAAGCAGAAGAACCUGAAGGAUAUCGACUGGAACGAAGUUGCUCGAGACUCGGUCCUCGUGGAAGAGAUUUCCAACGGCCAUGCUGCCAGAAUGAGAUAUGCUCGCUUUCGAGAUGCAAUGCUCGGGGUUGAGCCGACUCGACGCAACCGCACGGCUUCAACCGCAUCAAAGUCCCGAGUCACGAAACCCAAAAAGGAGACCAAGAUCCGAAAGGGAGAUGGGUCGAGGUCCACAUCAGGGGUCAGGAUCAAAGAGGAAUCAGUCCAUUCCAUCCUGGACAGCCGAAUGACACCCGGCUUGACCCCUGGGUCGUUGAGCUCAACGUCGCCCAUCAUUGACCAAGCCAUGCAUCAUCAACGCCUUAUGACCCCGACCAGCGACCACGACUUCUUCAACUCGCCGCCAGUCCCGACCAUCGCCAGCCCUCCGGCAGACGUGCUGAACUCGCAGUCGCUCUUCGACUUCCAGGCAUCUUCUUGUCCUUCGCACGAUGACUCGGCAUGGCAGCAGGGCAUGCCCUUCUCCGCGUUUUCCGCUGCCUACCACUUCGACGACUUCGGC